AUGAACCCUACCCUGGCGCCGGCGGAUAUCAAGUACUCAGAGCACCGCACUGUUAUUCGCAAGAUCGCCCAGCACCCCGACGUCCCAAUCGCGAAGAAAAUCGUCCGAAUCUCCGUCACGGAUGGGGACGCGACGGACUCCUCGGGGGACGAGAACGAGGACCGCGGAGGAGGCCGGCAGCAGCAGCACCAGCGAGUGAAGAAGCACAUCCAGGAGAUCAGAAUCCAAGACUCCCAGACGAUUUUCGACCACAACCAGCUGCAGGGCAAGGAGAAUUUGGGCGUUCAGGAGAGAAUAAGCCGCAGCCCUGUUCUAAUUAGGGCUAAAUACCGAGGGGUCAGGCGGCGGCCAUGGGGGAGAUGGGCGGCGGAGAUCAGGGACCCCACCCGACGGCGGAGAAUUUGGCUGGGGACCUUCGACACGGCGGAGGAGGCUGCUAAGGUCUACGACGCGGCUGCGAUUCGGAUUAGAGGCGCCCACGCCUUUACCAAUUUGGUCAAGCCACCUGCCGACGGGAAGGGAUUGGAGACCCCGCCGCCGGGUUCCACUGUUUCUGGAUCCGAUUCCGGCAACGAAUCUGUCAGCUGUGUGAUGAAUUCGUCGUUGGUUGAGGAAGGAGAGAUGGGUGGACUGUAA